AGGUUGUAAUACAAUUUUUGUUUAUAGUUUACUAUUAAAUAGACCAUUCUAUUAUAUAUAUAUAGGUAUCGUCAUGUAAAAUAGACUUGUACUGCUCUGAAGUUUAAAAUAAACAAUCAACCACCCCUAGCAGGCUAUGAAUUCCUUUGUCAUGCUCUUUUUCAAGCAAGAUAUAAAUUACACAAAAUGGUUAAGUAAAGACAGGUAUCUUCGCUUCCAAAACUCUACUUCCCUCCGCUCCAUUCCUGUAACAAAAGCUGUAAAACAAGGACAAAUUAAAAUAUCUAGCAAUGACACAGUAAAGCAUCCUACUCAAGAGAAAUUUUUGUUAAUCAGUCACACGUAAUUAAUAUAUCAUAAUCCUUGGUAAAAGCGAGGUCAGAUAUGCAGUAAAAGAUCCACAAGUAGGAACUUCAACGAGAUAAGAGAUUAUCCUUAGAAAUCCCCUUGGUGCAAACUAAAUUUACAAAACUUAUUAACGAGAGUAAAAUUUGUUUUUAAGAGAACAAGAAACGAAAAAACUGUAAUUAAUCGUGAAUUAUGGUAACAGAGGCGUUAGGAUGUCACCAAAGGAUCCUGAGAUCUCAUGUCGGAUCUGAAUCAGACCUCAUCCGAACAAGCCGUUUUAUUCGCGCGUGGCUACAAGUUCCUGAAGAAAUUAGGUGAAGGCUCUUACGCAAAGGUCUAUCUAGCGGAAUACAAAACAGAAUCGGACCCUGACAGAAACAGCAGACUGGCCUGCAAAGUAAUAGACACCGUGAAAGCUCCAAGGGACUUUGUCAGGAAAUUCUUGCCCCGGGAGCUUGACAUCCUAGUGAAGUUGAACCACCCCCACGUGGUGCACGUGCAUAGCAUAUUCCAGAGGCGAACCACGUACUUCAUAUUCAUGCGAUUCGCUGAGAACGGAGAUCUUCUCGAGUUCAUUCUGAAGAAUGGCGUAGUUGCAGAAGGCCAGGCACGCGUGUGGAUCAGACAGCUCGUGCUUGGUCUCCAGUACCUACACGAAUUGGAGAUUGCUCACCGUGACAUGAAGUGUGAGAAUAUUCUCCUGACCUCCAAUUACAAUGUGAAGCUCGCUGACUUUGGGUUUGCUCGUUACGUGAUUGACAACCGUGGAAAGCAAGUUCUCAGUGACACUUACUGCGGUUCCCUGUCAUACGCUGCACCAGAGAUCCUUCGUGGCUCUCCGUACAGCCCAAAGAUGGCUGACAUUUGGUCGUUAGGAGUUAUAUUGUAUAUUCUCCUGAACAAAGCGAUGCCAUUUGAUGACACAGACAUCAAAAGGCUGUACGAGCAACAGAGAAAUCGCAAGUGGAAGUUUCGCAGCAAGGUUGCACCAUCGUUGAGUGAAAAUGUUAAGAAGUUGGUGACCUUUCUUCUGGAGCCCGUACCAACCAAACGUUGGACUUUGAAGCAGAUCCUGAGCAGCGACUGGAUCGCCAUGGAUCCUCGACUUCUGGUACUCACUCCUGCGGAACAGACUGCUCUGAAUAAUGCAAUAGAAGAAAGACAGAAGAUGGAGGAGAAGUUCUCGAAGAAGGAUCCUAAAAUGUUCAAAGUGGAGGAGAAGAAAAAGACUGAGGUGGUUGCGAAUAAAGCCAAACCAGAAGAAGUCACUGUUCUUAAGAAAGCUGCGAAAGUUUGUUUCUUUUUACUGUUCGAAGCAAUGUUUCUCAAACUGGCGACUUAGAAAAAGAAGAAGAAGAAGAAGAAGUAUAUUAUAUAGGGGAAUAAAAAUGCUUAUUCUUUGUAUUAUUUUCUUUAGGAGGAAGUUUGAGAAACAUUGAUCUAAAUUGUUAAUCUUCGGUUUGUUUACCAACUUCUUUUGCUUUUCAGGUGGCGUUGUCUUCCAUCGCAGCUGGUCCACUUUUUUAGAGCAAAUAU